CUAUUGUAGCCACCUCCCUCUCUUUCUUUCUUUCUUUCUUUCUUUUUAUCUUAUUCUUUAUCAUGGAAAUACCACAGGAGAAACUAGACGAUCUCAACUCUUGGCAUGGCGAUGAAGAUCUAGAGAAUCCGUCUGUUAUGUUCAGAACAUAUAAAAUUCGUUUUUAUGGUUUAGCAGUCAUUGGUCUAUCCAACAUUGCUUCCUCUUUAAAUUGGCUAGCAGUUGCACCAGUGCCAGAAUAUGCAAAUAGUUUUUUUAAUCAAAUUGGAUUGUCUGCUAUCAAUUGGUUUUCAAAUGUAUUUAUGCUGACUUAUCUCUUGGCUGGACCAGCUUCAAGUUGGGUAUAUGAUCAUUGGUCUUUAAGAACUGGUAUUAUCAUAGGCAGUGUAUUGCAAACAUUAGGUGCUUGGCUUCGAUAUGCUUCUGCUUUUGUUAAUGAUCCUAUGAGUAAAAUAGCUUUAGCUAUGAUAGGCCAAAUAGUUUGUGCCGUUGGUCAGCCCUUUAUUCUGAAUGCUUGUACACCAUAUGCUGCAUUAUGGUUUAGUGCAGAUGGUAGAGGCACAGCUACUAUGGUGGGCGGCGUGACUAAUGCCAUUGGUAUGGCUAUUGCUUCCUUAAUUCUUCCUGCUCUUGUUCCUAAUGCAAAUUCUCUUGGUGUCGGUUUCCUUGCAAUUGCAUGUAUCACUACAGGAUGUACAAUUCCCGUGUUCUUCAUACCCAAGAAACCCAAGACACCACCUUCUUACAGUGCUUCAUCUAAAUCCAAAUAUACUAUGAGUUUUAGCCAAUCUUUACGUGAACUGUUUUGCAACUACAACUAUUUGAUUAUCAUGUUUGCUUUUGGUGUUUUAUGCGGUUUAUUUUCCUCAUUUACUUCUCUUCUGACUCAAAUAGUGACGCCUUAUGGUAUCUCUGUAGAUGAAGCAGGCUAUCUCGGUGCUGCAUUCAUUGUUGCUGGACUUGUGGGUGCUGUAAUUACAGGCAUUUUUAUUGACAAAACAGGUCGACAUAAAUGGGUUAUUAAAGCCUAUGUGCCUAUCAUUGGCGUCAUGUACCUUGCAUUUUACUUUGUCGUUAAAUCUGCAAGUUAUAGUGCCAUGAUGGCCAUUUGUGUCUUGCUUGGCUUCUUUACUUUUUCACUGUUACCUGUUGCCUUAGAAUUAUCCAUUGAAUCUUCUUUCCCUAUUAGUGAAGCUAUUUCAAGCCCUUUGUUAUGGAUGAGUUCACAAGUCCUUGGUCUUAUUAUUUUGCUUGUCAUGGAUGCUCUUCGAAAUACGGAUGGUACUAUGCUCCGUAGCCUUAUUUUUGCUACUUGUAUCUCUAUUCCUCUCUCUAUCCUUUCCACCAUUUACAAUAGUCCUAAUAAGCGUUUAGAGUUUGAAGACAGAAACAGGGCUGCAAGCUGUUAAUAAAAGUGUUUGUGUAAUCUAUGUCUGUGAGAAAACAGCAAAAGAAAUGCUGAGAUUGAAUGC